UUCGAUGGCGGGUUGCGAUUCGCUUAGUAGACUAGAACUUAAAUUAUCUCUCCUAGAGUAGCGUAGUAGCGAUCGCAAUCGCGUUCAUAUAUAAAAGCACCCUCGAUGCAGUGAUCAAUUUAGUUUGAGUUCGUUUACUUCGAACAAAACUAACCAACUAGCCUACGAACGGCUAUAGGUGCUUCUUAUUCUCUAGAAUCUUCAGUUCCAAGAGUAGAGGAGGCAAUCUACUAUUAGCUCCCAGUAUUUGUGUGAUUAGUUGCAAUAGUGUUCACAAGUGCGCCAAACUCGACAGUGUUAGAAUAUACCGAAGUUUGUACAUCGAAAUGCCUACCAACGGAAUGUUAGAAGUCACUUUACAGGUCAUCGAAGACUCCAACCUAUCCAGUGGAUCGGACAGCGCUGGUGUGUCUGAAGAUGAAGAUGUUCAGUUGUUUUCAACAGUUGGUAACACCGUAACCUCUAAACCGCUGAAAAGAUCCUCCAUAAAAAGCAAGGAUGACGAACUCAGUAAAUCGUUCAAGACCAAUGCGAAACGUUACGCAAGCCUGCCAAAUCGUGACCAGCAUCAAAAGUUCUUGACGGAUUUUCUAUCGGAAGUGUUGAACAAUGCUGUCUUCAAUGCUACCGAUCGAGCAAACAAAGUGCUCAACUGGGUGGACCCCGAAGAGCUGAAGCGAACACUGGAUUUAGAGCUGAAAGAUGAUCCCGAUUCUGACGAAAAACUUCUGGAGUUAGCCAGAGCUACCAUCCAACAUUCCGUUAAAACUGGUCAUCCUUACUUCAUGAAUCAACUGUUCUCGUCAGUUGACCCGUACGGUUUUGCCGGCCAAGUAUUGACGGAUGCAUUGAACCCCAGCGUGUACACCUUCGAAGUAUCUCCGGUGUUUGUUUUGAUGGAAGAGAUCGUGCUGAAAGAAAUGCGAAAUAUUGUCGGAUUCCCCAAUGGAUUUGGAGAUGGUAUAUUUUGCCCCGGAGGAUCAAUGGCGAAUGGUUAUGCCAUUAGCUGUGCACGCUAUAAAUUCAUGCCAGAUAUCAAGACAAAAGGAUUGCAUUCACUUCCGCGCUUGGCAAUCUUCACGUCAGAGGACGCUCACUAUUCGGUGAAAAAACUGGCCUCUUUCAUGGGCAUUGGAUCAGACAAUGUGUAUCCCAUCCGUACUGAUUCCAUCGGCAAAAUCAGGGUGGACCAUUUGGAGGCUGAAAUUAUGCGCGCAAAAUCGGAAGGAGCUCUACCGUUUAUGGUAUCAGCAACCGCCGGAACUACGGUGAUCGGAGCGUUCGAUCCCCUGGAAGAGAUCGCUGACCUGUGCCAGAAGCACCACCUGUGGCUACAUGUGGAUGCUGCCUGGGGUGGUGGUGCACUCAUGUCCAAGAAAUACAGAGCACUGUUGAAAGGAAUUGAACGAUCGGACUCGGUCACCUGGAACCCUCAUAAAUUGUUGGCGGCGCCACAACAAUGCUCAACCUUCCUGACCCGCCAUGAGGGCAUUCUGUCCGAUUGUCACUCAACGAACGCAACCUAUUUGUUCCAGAAGGACAAGUUCUACGACACCCGGUACGACAUCGGCGACAAGCACAUCCAAUGCGGUCGCCGGGCCGAUGUAUUGAAGUUUUGGUUCAUGUGGCGUGCCAAAGGUACUUCUGGUUUUGAGCAGCACAUCGACAAGGUGUUCGAGAAUGCAGAGUACUUUACCAACAGUAUUAAAUCCCGGGAAGGUUUCGAAAUGGUCGUGGAAAAUCCAGAGUGUACCAACGUGUGCUUCUGGUAUGUACCACCGAGCCUUCGAGGCGUACCGCGGGACAGUGCCGAAUUCUCAGAAAAAUUGCACAAGGUUGCACCCAAAGUAAAGGAACGCAUGAUGCGCGAGGGUUCGAUGAUGAUAACGUACCAACCGAUUCACGAUAAGCCUAACUUCUUCCGAUUGGUACUGCAGAAUUCAUCGCUGGACAAAUCGGACAUGAAUUACAUAAUUGACGAGAUAGAACGACUUGCCAACGAUUUGUAAAGCGUGUUGAAACAAUGCUUUGCAUUUCUUUCGAAUGAUAGACAUCAUUUUGUUGAAUUUAUGUAAUUUAUAUUUUUUGCUGUAAUCGAUAAAUUUGUAUUUAUUUAAUACUUGACUUUGAAAGCAGGAAAAAAGCGAAAACGUAUAGUCCCAUUCAAUCGGACUAUACUGACAAACAGUUGUGAUCAUGUUAAGAUAGGCUUGCAGAGCAAUUGUAGCGUAGGAUGGUUAACUUAUAAGCAUGUACAAAAUGGAAAAUAAAUAAAUGGUUUACAUUGAUGUUUGAAAUAACAAA